AUGGAUGAAAAUUAUCCAUUUGAAAAAGUUAUUAUUAAAGUUGAAAAAGAUGAAGAGGAUUUUCAAGAGGAUCAAUCAAUUUUUAAUUAUCAAGAUUAUAAUUUCGGUGAAGAUUAUCCUGUGGAUAUUGAAGAUAUUAAGAUAGAAGAACCCGAUAAUUUCCAAGAAGAACUAAAAGAGUCAAAAGUCCAAAAAAAAAGAUUCAAAAAAUACGAGUGUGAUUAUUGCAUGCAUAAAUUUUCUCAUAAAAACGCUCUACUGGUUCACAUCAACAAACAUAUGACGACAAAAUACAGAUGUGAGAUCUGUUCAAAAAGUUACAUCUCAAAAGAGGGCCUGACCCUUCACACAGCUCGGCAUACAGGCGACAAGCCCUACGAGUGUGAAAUUUGUGCUUCUAAAUUCGUGAACAGAUAUUCUUGCGACAAUCACAUGCGAAUCCACAACGGCGAAAAGCCCUUCGCUUGUAACGUUUGUUCCUCGAAGUUCCGCAAUAAAAGCCACCUGACCGCUCACCAGCGGAUUCACUCAGGUGACAAGCCCUUCACUUGUCCUAUUUGCUCAGCGAAGUUUCGUUACAGUGCGAGCUUGAAGAAUCACAUUAGAGCUCACACCGGUGAGCGGCCUUACAGUUGCGAAAAAUGCUCUGCGAAAUUCCGGGACUGUAGCUCGCUAAGGAACCACAAGCUAGCUCAUACUGGAGAAAGAAAAAAAAGAAGAAAACAAAGAGAAAAACGACUUUCUUGUGAAAUUUGCUCCUGUAAAUUUGAAAAAAAUUACUUGAAAAUUCACAUGCGCAGACAUACUGGAGAGCGGCCUUUUGAUUGUCAAGUUUGCUCCUCGAAAUAUAUACGUAAGAGCUCAUUGACCAGGCACAUGAAGACUCAUCAGAAGAUAUAUAAGGAACAAAAUUUAUGA